GCACACCUCCCGCACUGGGCUGCUGCUGAAUAGAACACUGACUUCACCCAAUUCAGCAGUUAGUUAGGUCGCCCGGUCUGGUCCCACCCACAUCUGAACAGCUUUUGUUAGAAGAGGGGGGAAAAAAAGGCCUUUUCAGAUUUCUUUUUUUUGCCUCCCCCCUCCCUCCUUCCCUCCUUCCUUCCCUCCCUCCUCAGCAUCAAGUGCAGCCUGAGCGGAGCGUCCCAGCUGCGACUCUGUGUCUCUCAGCAGAAGCAAUGAGGAGAAGGGAGCCGUCACCCUGCUGAUACCAGGACGUCUGGGAUCAUAUUUGUAUAUUUCUAGGGAAAAUAAACAAUACACUGCGGAUUUGGCAUAUCCAUCAAUCGGAUGCAAGCAGAGCCAGGCCCAACUUAACAAUGGGUCCCUUUCCCCUGUGUGUGCUGCUUCCGAUGACGGUGCUGGCCAUGGUGGUGGCCGUAGCUGCUGAAGGGAAUGCAGUGGACGACGAGUACACCUGGCCACAGUGGAAGGUGCCUCUGGUAAGGAAAAGACGUACUGUGCCUCUCGGCAGCCCAAACUUUUCAGCCCGUCCUCAGCCGGAGCCGAGCGGGACCUGCGGGAUAGAGUGUCAGCGUCGUCUUCCCGCCGCCUCCCUGGAUGACCUGGAGCAGUUCUUGUCCUACGAGACGGUCUACGAGAACGGCACCCGCACGUAUACCUCGGUUUCUGUGCAGGGCCUCAAUGAGGUGACCGCCUGGUCCAGCAACGUCUCCUCCAGCUCCCGCCACAAACGCGAGGUGUACGGCCCGGAUACCCGCUUUACAAUCUCAGACAAGCAGUACUCCACCAAAUACCCUUUCUCCAGCACCGUGAAGAUCUCCACAGGAUGCUCCGGGGUUCUCGUGUCGCCCAGACAUGUGUUGACUGCUGCCCACUGCAUCCACGACGGGAGGGAUUAUCUAGACGGGGUGCAGGAGCUCCGUGUUGGUAUUCUGAAAGACAAGUCCAGACGAGGGAAAGGAGGCAAAGGGAGAGGAGGGCGAGGAAAGGGCAGAAGGAGGAAGGGAGACAAGGAUCAAGAGGAAGCGCAGGAAAGGGAAGAGCAAGGAGAGAAAGGCGGCCGUAAAGGAAAAGGUAAAGGUAGAAAGAACAGGAGUCGGCGAAGUGUAGAAUCAGGGAGGCCUUUGUUUAAGUGGACCGGGGUGAAGAAGACCCAGGUGCCCAAGGGCUGGUUCAAAGGGGUGUCCGACGGGCUGACUGCGGAUUAUGACUACGCUGUUUUGGAGCUGAAGAAAGCCCCGAAGGUCAAGCAUAUGGAUCUGGGCGUCAUCCCCUCGGUCAAGAAGCUCCCAGCCGGGAGGAUCCACUUCUCUGGCUUCGAUGAUGACCGUCCUGGUAACCUGGUGUACCGGUUCUGCUCCGUCUCUGAGGAGUCCAACGACUUGUUGUACCAGCACUGCGACGCCAAGUCCGGCUCCAGUGGCUCUGGGAUCUACAUCCGCCUCAAGGAACCUGGCAAGAAGAAGUGGACGAGGAAGAUCAUUGGGGUUUUCUCCGGGCACCAGUGGGUGGACGUGAACGGGAACGGCAUGCAGCAGGAUUACAACGUGGCGGUGAGGAUAACACCUCUCAAAUAUGCCCAGAUCUGCUAUUGGGUCCACGGGGACUCGAGUGAGUGCCAGGUAGCCUAAGAAAAACACAGGGUCGCCCUUAAACCAGCAAACACUCUCUCUCCACAUGGUACACCCUACCUACUCUCCUCCCCCGACAGCUUGCCACCAACUAGGGGCCCAGGCCACGGCCUCUCCUCUUCCUGCCUCCUUUUCACCUCCCUUCCCUCCUAGGGACUCCUGCUACCUACCUUGAUCCGCACACACAGCCAUACAGACUCCCUGUUGACAAUUACAAGAACUCGUCAGUGCAUCAAGAGGACUGCGGCUCUUCAGCUUUUUUAAUUUAUUUGCUAGAAAAAAAAGACAACCAAGAAAAAAACAUGUUUUGUAUGUACUUAAGAUCGUUCAGAUCUGCUGUUUAGUUUUAUAUAUAUUUUUUAAGAUUUCACCCUUUUGGAUAUUAUGUUGGAAGAGUGUAAAUUAAAAUGUUUUUGAGUAGAGCCCCUGGUACAUUCUUCAAGUUUUCUCCGCAACCAAUGUAAAGAUGACUUUGACAAAAGACCCAGAUGAUAUAUGUGUAACUUUGGUUUUACAAUUGGACAAGAGAGCGCUAUGACAUAAUUGGUUUUAUGAACGUUUUUAAUUGAUGUAACUGGUGUUUUGCAUAUUGUUUAUCCAGAAAUAUUUUUGCAACACAAAGAAUGUGUUUCUUUUUUUCUCUGUUGUUGCAACGCGGUGAAAUGUGGUUUCAUUGUUCUGCACAUAAUUGUAUUGGUGCUUAUCCAGAGGACGACGUGGUGCUAAUUUAUGGAAUUAUAAACCGUUGAGGGGCUUUAGGGAGGACAGGGAAACUUUUCAGAAUAUAUUUUGAUAGCCCAGAACUGUAGCAAUGUAUUUCAUAUAAGGCGACAUACGUUAAAUGGAGACUGAACCAUUUAAUGAUUUACUUGAGCUGUUCCGAUUUCUCUAAUUCUAAAGGUUAAUGAGAUUACCAAGGAAAUAUCGUUAUAAAAUAACAAAUUUAAAUCGGCAAUGUUAUAUUUUUUACUUUUUUAAGUUUAUGUUCCAAAAAUGUAUGUAAGAAUCCUUGUAAAUACCAAAUACCUGAAAUCAACGAUGCCAAUUGAAGACUACCAACCAUUAAACAAGAUUACUACAUG